CUCCUGCUGUGUCACUCGCACCACGCACUCGGUCUCUCGCUCGCCACGCACUCAGGAGUGCCUCCCACACCACACACUCAAGAGUGUCUCCUUGCACGACACUCACUGUUCCCCCCCCCCCCCUGGCCUGGCACUCUCCUCACUCCCCCUACGAGUGCCUCCACUGCUCUCACUCAACACUCACUAGGGAAAGUCAUCAACAGUUUAGGAAAAAGGAGAGAGAUGGGUGUUGUGGCCCCCUGCCAGGUAGUGUGGUGUGUGGUGGUGGUGGUGGUGAGUGUGGUGCCCCAGGCCCAAACCAUUCUGGGUAUACCUCCCUUCCUCGAGUAUGGCAACUGUGCCAAUGUCACACUCAAGUCCGACUUCGACCCCAUCAAGUACUCGGGUCUGUGGUUCGACAUCCAGAGUGUCCCUAACAAGUACCAGUACACCAAGAUGUGCAUCACUCAGACCUACACCUGGACGGGGACGCAGAUGGAGGUGGCGACGCGGGGCCUGACGGAGGAGAAGAGGAAGGUGCGUCAAGGAGCCAUCAUGCACGUGGAGACCGACACCUUCGACGACCCGCACCCGGCCUACAUGACUGUUGUGGCUAGCGGAGUUCCCAGAGUUCCAUACCAGAUCGUGGCUACGGACUACCGGACGUACGCCUGCGUGUACUCCUGCCUCGAGUACUUCGGCUUCCGGGCCGAGUUUGCCUGGGUAUUCGGCCGGACUCCCGUCCUGCCUCCCUCGACCAUCGACCGCUGCCACCUCGCCUUCGCUAACAUGGGGGUCGACCCCAGCAAGAUGGUUCCCAUCGUCCAGGGACAGACGUGUCCCUACUACGAGACCCUGCAGGCGACGCUGGCGGAGAGCGAGCAGCACCUGCUGGAGGUCCUGGGGCCGCCCUCUCACUCCCCGCCACACAAGGAGAGGGCGCUAGGGCAAGAUUUGCAGAGCCUACGAGACGGGGAAGUGGCGCCGGAGGGAGGCGUGUCUAUCACACCCUCGGCCUCGCAGUCAGCGAGUGGAGAGAAGACUCAGUCUGCUGGCAGCAGUAGUGGGUCCAGCAGCAGACCUCUCUUCUUUGUCUGCCUGUCUCUGCUUCUCCGCCAGAUGACCAAUCUCCUCUACUAGCAGACGACGCUGAUAAUGCGCAGCAGACGACGCCGAUAAUGCCCAGCAGACGACGCAGAUAAUGCCAGCAGACGACGCAGAUAAUGUCAGCAGACGACGCCGAUAAUGCCCAGCAGACGACGCUGAUAAUGCCAGCAGACGACGCAGAUAAUGCCAGCAGACGAUACUGAUAAUGUCAGCAGACGACACAGCAGACAAUGCCAGCAGAUGACGCAGCAGACAAUGCCAGCAGACGACGCAGCAAUGCCAGCAGACGACGCAGACAAUGCCAGCAGACGACGCAGACAAUGCCAGCAGACGACGCUGACAAUGCCAGCAGACGACGCAGACAAUGCCAGCAGACGACGCAGCAGACAAUGCCAGCAGACGACGCAGCAGACAAUGCCAGCAGACGACGCAGACAAUGGCAGCAGACGACGCAGCAGACAAUGCCAGCAGACAACGCAGCAGACAAUGCCAGCAGACGACGCAGCAGACAAUGCCAACAGAUGACGCAGCAGACAAUGCCAGCAGACGAUGCAGCAGACAAUGUCAGCAGACGACGCAGCAGACAAUGCCAGCAGACGACGCAGACAAUGCCAGCAGACGACGCAGCAGACAAUGCCAGCAGACGACGCAGCAGACAAUGCCAGCAGACGACGCAGCAGACAAUGCCAGCAGACGACGCAGCAGACAAUGCCAGCAGACGACGCAGCAGACAAUGCCAGCAGACGACGCAGCAGACAAUGUCAGCAGACGACGCAGACAAUACAAGCAGACGACGCAGCAGACAAUGCCAGCAGAUGACGCAGCAGACAAUGCCAGCAGACGUCGCAGACAAUGCCAGCAGACGAUGCAGCAGACAAUGCCAGCAGACGACGCAGCAGACAAUGCCAGCAGACGACGCCAGCAGACGACGCAGACGA